CUUCAGAGCGGAUUCAGCCGCCAAGUAAGUUACAUUUUUGCCAUGUCACGCUACAGAAGUUUGAGACCAAUCUAUUUAUAGAAAAAAACUGAUUUUGGUGUGGGCACCGAGACAUAUGCUGCUGGACAUAUGAUCUGAAAUGAGAGCCUGACGCGUCUUUUGAAGGGAAUUCCUGGUGAUUUUCUUUCCUUUUUUUCUCUUUGGUUGAGCCGCUGUUAUUACUGUAUAGCUGAGGUUACACAGUGAAGCCAGAAGCCUCAUGUUUUCGUCAAGCCAAGAGGAGCACUGCGCCCCGUCCAAAGACCCGGUGAAGUACGGGGAGCUGGUGGUGCUGGGGUACAAUGGCUCCCUGCCCAAUGGAGAUCGGGGUAGACGGAAAAGCAGAUUUGCGCUGUACAGGAGGACCAAAGCCAAUGGUGUUAAGCCGAGUACUGUGCACAUCCUCAACACACCCCAGGCAAACAAGGCUGUGAACUGUAAAGGCCAACACAGCAUCUCCUACACGCUGUCCAGAAACCAGACGGUGGUGGUGGAGUACUGCCAUGACAAAGACACAGACAUGUUUCAGAUUGGGCGUUCUACUGAGAGUCCCAUUGACUUUGUGGUGACUGACACAAUAGCAGGAGGCCAGGAGGGCGAGGAGACUCCCAUCACUCAGAGCACCAUCUCCCGUUUUGCCUGCCGAGUUGUCUGCGAGCGCAACCCGCCCUUCACUGCUCGCAUCUACGCUGCUGGUUUUGAUUCCUCCAAAAACAUCUUCCUCGGGGAAAAAGCCGCAAAAUGGAAGAAUCCUGACGGUCACAUGGAUGGACUGACCACCAAUGGCGUGCUGGUGAUGCACCCUAAGGGCGGGUUCACGACGGAGUCAAAGCCUGGAGUCUGGAGGGAGAUUUCUGUUUGUGGCGAUGUUUACACACUGAGAGAGACCCGCUCAGCACAGACCCCCGGCAAACUGGUGGAGAAUGAGAGUAAUAUCCUGCAGGACGGCUCCCUGGUGGAUCUGUGUGGAGCCACUUUACUGUGGCGUACUGCGGAAGGCCUCUUCCACACUCCCACCCAAAAGCAUCUGGAGGCUCUCAGGCAGGAGAUCAACGCGGCACGGCCCCAGUGCCCCGUGGGUCUCAACACGCUUGCCUUCCCCAGCAUGCAACGCAGCCGCGCCCUCUCAUCUCUCGAGGACAAGCAGCCAUGGGUCUACUUGGCGUGCGGCCACGUGCACGGUUACCACAACUGGGGCCACCGUUCAGAGCAGGAGGCCAGCACUCAGCGAGAGUGUCCCAUGUGCCGGAUGGUUGGGCCCUACGUGCCGCUGUGGCUGGGCUGUGAGGCGGCUUUCUACGUGGACACAGGUGCACCAACACAUGCCUUUGUGCCAUGUGGACACGUGUGUUCGGAGAAGUCCGUCAAGUACUGGGCGGAGAUCCCUCUGCCUCACGGCACCCACGCCUUCCACGCCGCCUGCCCCUUCUGUGCCACCCAGCUCAGUCUCACUCAGGGCUGUACCAAGCUAAUCUUCCAGGGCCCGGUGGACUGAGCGGAAGGGUCCUGCUCCGGCAGAGAAGAUUAAACAGGAAUGCCAACACGCUGUGAAACUGUUCCCAUUAUUUUGUGCUUUGUUUUGUUCGUAUAAGCCAGCUGUGGAAAGGAGUAAGUCUUCUCAAGUUCUGGUCAUAAACUGUGGAUUCUGCACAACAGAGAGCCAUUACAGAUUGUUCAGGGCCUCUUGUGGAUGUUCAGAUGGCCACUGUGGGACGCAGAGAUGGUGGAGCACACUGGACCACAGGUGCCUGGCUCCUCCAGAAUGAAAUACUGAUUCAGCUGUCCUGCCGCUUUAAACAAGGCUCCAGCACUGGGCUGUUUUAAACUGCAAUGGCUGCUGGUUUCCCAUCAGAGAGCCAUAGAAUUAAGGUUGUAGAAGGAAUGAAUUGCUUUUACUCAUGAAUCAGACUGAAGCAGGUAAUGGCAGAGUAGUUUUGGGAAUAAGAAAAGGGGGGAGGGUUUUUAGUUCAAUCCCUGAUGGGUCUGAGAGAAAGUUUUACAGAGCCAGACAGCUGGACUGUUGGCUGGGAGAGAGGCCAGGAGAAACUGGGGUCUAACGAGUUAAGCGUUCCCCAUUGCCCUGUCGUCCCUGAACCCCUAAUGGCAUCUAGAUCAUGUAGCUCUCCAGAUUUUGGCUUCCAUUUGCUGAACAAACAUUAAGGACGGGGGAGGGGGGCGGGACUUUUUGUGUAUAGAGAUAUAAUCCAGUGCCUCAAAUCCCAAUAAACUGGGAAUAUUUUUCAUAAACGAGAAAAGAUAUUUUGUUGAAGGCAAAGGGAGGGGUAGUUUUGCAGACGUAAGGUGAUGACAACCCACACAGAUUCUUCUCCACAUUUAUAUCCAACAGAGGACGUAUUUUACUACACUGAGGCCCUUGUACUGUUUUGUAAUGCAAAUGUUAAUAUAUUUUUCUCCUGCAUAAAUAAUGUGUGUGAGAAUGUUUGAGAGUGUGUGCAUGCAUGUGUGAUUGCGUGUGGGUUGGGCUGUGUGGGUGUCCUCGGGCUUUGUUUAAAAUUGCCCUGCAUCAUUUCACCCCAAUCCCCUUUACUAUGAUCUCGCCCACCACCCCAAAAAAAAAAGCUACCAGAGAGAACACAGGACUGAAAUGGACCUCGCAGGGUUUGACAAUGAAUGUACUGAAAUACAUCGACUCUCCUCGCUGGUGGCGCCUCAGUUACACAGCUGUUCAAGGUAUAUGUAAGGCCGUCAUUGGAGCUGUACCACCACAUGCAUCAACUGCACCUGAUUUGCUAGCUUGCAAGCUAGUCGUGUCGCUGCCCCACACACACACACACGUACUGUAUUCAAUCUGCACUGUUGUUAGCUUUAUCCCAUGCUGGGUCUGAUCCAAUGAUUUUGUACGCUGUCAAACCUGGGCACAGUCUCAGCAGCAUCCAGAGAUUAUACCAAAUAUAAGGAGGAGCUGUUUUUCUCUCCACACGCAAGAUGUAACGACCACUCUCUCCGAUCCAAAGUGUUUCUGUAAACAAUACUAAACCCAAACGGCUGCUAUGGUGGAGUGUUGACAGCUCUGGAUUACAGUCAGGGCUGUUAAGUUGCUCGCAAACCGUUCUCCAUGGGAAUAAUGAUAUUAUCGCGCACCAUGCCAAAUUUGGUGAGUUCUAUUGUGCGUGGAUGAGUCGAGUUGUCCAAAACAAAAGUAGCGGACAAAUUGAAACUAAAGAAUCUGGGACGAAUCUUUGCACUCUUCCGGAUGUUGGCUUGCCAGACUGUGCCCACAUGUAGAGUGUAGUUGAAGGCGUUAAUUCUGCCACUGGCUCAUCAAAAUACGAUAUAAAGCAUUUAUGAGAUGUUGAGGGUAAAGUUCCUAUUGUAGCAUUCAAAUUUUGCCCCAGGCCUCACUGACAAAGCCAUGAUCUCAACGGCUCUUUUUUGUUUUUGUUUUUUGGUUCCCUUUCGAAGUGAAACCUAGCUAGCAUUCUGAAAAAGCAACAUCAGCAGCAUUACGCUUUACUCAUACCACAGAGCAUUUCUGAAUGGCCCAAUCGCUCCAGAUUUUAUGUAACCACCGAGCAGGGUCACGUACUAAAAGCCACAUACUGUACAGUAGCAUUCCUCUUCCAACACUUCGAGCUCAAACACUGUGCCCAUUGCUUAAGACUGUGUUCUGUAACAGCUGCGGAGUAGCUGCCUCAAACAUUCCUCCUUGGUAAACAUGGGUGGGGCCCUCAGUUCACCCAAGGGCUUGUUCUAUGAUUAUUUGUCUCCUACAGGAACUCUGUACACAAGCCAUAGAACGCACUGAUGCUCCCAAUGCCUCCUUUGCAAAGAAUAAAAUAUUUUUUAAAAAUAA